GGUGAUCCUCCACAACAACAAACAUGGCGGCAGCGUCUGAAGGCGAGGAUUUCUUCGCUCUCGUUUCUAUCGAGGAAAAAGGUCAAAUAUCCGAGAAUUUAGCCAAAAAGCUACAGGAUGUGUGGACGGCAAAACUUAAAGAGCUCACAAACUUGAAGGUUGAAAGUGAGAAGGAGAGACUUAAUGCAGAUCAGGAGAAAUUUCAGCUUGAAAAGCAGCUGGUGAGUGUCCGUGGCCAUCUUGAAGAAGAAACCCACCUUAAAGUUGAGAAUAAGAAGCAAAAAGAAAAUUUAGAAAACAAAUUGUUUAUAUUGGAGGAGGAACUACAGCAAGCCAAAGCCAAAGUUACUUCCCUGAAGCGGGAGUUGGAACAUUCUCAAAAUGAGAGAGAAGAUGUCUCCUCACAUUCAGCGGCCAUGGCGGGCAACCUUGAGUCCAGGACCAGGAAGAUACAAGAGCUUCAGGAAGAGGUACACAAACUAAGUGAACAGCUGAGUGAGGUGAGCCGAGCUAAGUGUGAAGCUGUGAUCCAGGCAGAGGAAGCACACAGUCAGGAGAUGCAAAUGAAGUACAGAGAAAAGAGAUUGGAACAAGAGCAUGGUUUACUAUCACGCCAGAUGGGGGUCUUACAACACCAGCUGGAGCUGAGAGCAGAGGAAAGUCUCAACCAGCGCCGUGAACAUUCCAGCAUUAUUCUUGGUCUUCAAACUGAUGUCAAUCAUAAAACAGAAGAGGUGCGUGUACUGAAAGAAGAGAAAGCCCAGCUAGAAAAACAACUAGAGGAGAAAUCUAAAAAGAUUCAGGAGUUGCUUGACACUCUGAAUGCUUCCCGAGAAUCAGAGGUAAAACUGGAGGAAGCUUUCCGCCAAGAACUAUCUGCACAAAAGAAGCUCACAGAUAUAUAUCAAGCAUCAACACAGAAUGAGAAAGAACGAGCUGCUGAACUGGAGAAUGGUGUUGAGGAGCUUCGUAAACUGUUGCAAGAAGCCAGUGAUCAGUAUGGAGCCUUGGAGAGUACAAAAAACAAGGCUGAUGAAGAACAUGAGCAAGCUUUACGUCAGUCAAAUUUACUGGUUAAAGACCUGAAGGAAGAAUUGGAGAAGGUUAACAUGUUGCUUGAAGCAAAUGCUAAGAAAGGUCAUGGAGGUUAUGAGGAGCUGUCACCAGCAGCAAAUGCAGCAAGCCAGCUAGUUAGUCGAGGUUUAAGCCUCACACAGCUCUACUCGGAAUACCUUAGUGUCUCGGAGAAAUUCAUGGCAACUGAGGAAGAAAACAAACGCCUUAAGCGUUACGUUGAUCAAAUCCUUCAGGAAAUAGAGGAACGAGUUCCAGUAUUAAAAAAGCAACGUGACGAUCAUCAGAGGUCACUAGAAACAAUUACUUCCCUCCAUGCCCAGCUGGAUGAGGCUCUCGUGGAAUUAGAAAAACGGAGAUUGGAAGCAGAUGAAGCUCGCAGACGAACAAACUACCUUGAACGGGAAAAUAAGCGACUGGAUGGUCAGAUGAGGGAUCUUAGCAAACAGGUGACCAUUCUGGUGUCCCAAGUUGAGGCAGCAAGAGCAGGGCUUCCUCCACCUCCUAUUCCAAAAGACACCUCCAGGAGUCCAACUGUUGCUGGAGAUGUUAUUUCCCAACGCUUAGUUGCCUUUAGAGACAUUGCCGAGUUACAAGAGCAGAACAAUAACUUACGUGUCUCUUUAAGGGAUUUGUCAGAGCAGAUGGAAGCUGUACAGCACACUGCUGUAGAUGCAAAAACUAAAGAACUUCAGGAGGAACUUGAAUCAGCCAAGGCACAGUUAAAGGACUUAUCUGCAGCUCGAGAACGACAAGAAACAAUGAUGGAAAACCUUGUACAUCAACGUGACAUGUACCGCACUCUUCUGUCCCAACAGACACCAAAGACUCCAGGUAAACCUGUUCCACCAAGCCAGACUCCACAGCCAUCUGGGGAGGUCUCUCAACAGGAGAUCAAGAAGGCUCAUGGAGAAUUAGAGAAGGCAAAGAAAGAGAUAAAUACCAUAAAGAAGGAGCAUGAGGAUUACCGGGCAGAAAGGCUUAAGAAUGAGAAGAUGAUGCAGAGUGAUUAUGAUAGUCUCAGAGCCACUAUGGAAAAAACAAGGAAUCAGAACAUUAAGCUUGUAUCUCAGGCAGAAUAUAAUGACGAGAGGAUCAAGACGCUGCAGAAUAAUAAUGAGGUCUUGCAGCGGCAAAUUGCAUCCUUGGAGAAGAAUAAUACUACUUUACAAGGCAUUGUUGGCCGCCAUGAGGGUUCAAUAGAGACACUUCGUAGUGAAUACAUGUCUCUGCAGAAGAAAUUAUCACGGGCUGAAGUUACUGUAGAAAACCUUCGAGAAGAAAAAACUUUGCUUAAGGAAUCAGAAGCGAGACUUCUGGCAGAGCGAGAAUCUCUUAAUCAAGGACAGAUGUCUCAAGCAAUGGUACUUGCCAAUCUAGAAAGUAUAAAAAUCAAUUUGGAACGCAGAGACUCUGAUGGGAAGAUGAGAUAUGAAAACCAGGUUGCUACACUGACUGAGCAGGUCUGCCGCCUCAAGGCCAAAUUAGCUUCAAAUUCUGAUCUUAGAGCAGCAGAAAAUAAAGUGAGUGAACUAGAAGGACGUAUUCGUGCCAUGCACACUGAACAUUCAUCCACCACCAAGCAGUUGCUGGAAGUAAGAGCUGAAUUAUCAGCCACUAAGUCACGAAUGAAUGACCUCCAAGAGAGAGCAAGAGUUAUACCAUCACCAGGACCUAGAGCAAGAGGUACCAGCCCCAUGAGAGGUGCAAUGCCAUUCCGCAUGGCAGGACCUUCACCACAGGUUCGUGAUUUGGAGAUGCAGCUGGUGGAGGAGAAAGCUAAAGUGAACUCACUUCAGGGUGCUCUUGACCAUUCUAAGCGCUUUGAGAAGGAAUUGCUGGAGCUCAACAAAAAGCAUGAAGCUCAGUUAGCAGAGUCAAAUGAAGCUUGCAAGACUGCCAAUGAAGAAUAUGCCAAGUUGCAGAAAGAGCUACAAGCAACAGAGGCAGAGCUGACAAAAUUGGAGAGUCAGUUGAGGGAUGCCAUAGAAGAGGGUGAGACUGCCAAGACUUUAUUGAAAUCAAAAUUGGCCAAGACUGAAGAUGAGCUGCAAGUGUGUAGGAAGCAGCUGAGUGAUGUAAAUGAAGCCCUUGAGAAAGCCAAGGAAGAUGAAGAAAAAUCCAGGAAGGAGGCUCAAGAACAUUCCAGAAUUGCAGCUGAAGUUCAAGAUAAGUAUGAAAGGGAAGUGAUGCUCCAUGGAGCUGACCUCAAGGCUUUAGCAACUCUGAAGGAGAGACAGGCAGAGUACAACACUGAACUCCAAGAAGCCACCUCAACCAAGCUGAAGGCAGAGGAAGCAGUGAGAGAUACUCGCUUAGGCUUUGAAGAACGUGAGAAUGUUUUGCGUCGAGAGAAUAAGGACCUUUUGGCUAGGAGCCAUGAACUAGAGGAACAAAAUAAGUCUAUCCUGGACCAGUUUACCCAAUUGUCUGACAAAAUGGCUGCAAUCCAAACAAAGCUGACAUCAUCUGUGGGAGAGGCUGGCAGUGCACCAUUUACUGAAGAUGAAGCUCGGUCGUCAGACCAGCUUCGUGAAAUUAUCAAAUUCCUUCGUCGGGAGCGAGAAGUUGCAACUGGGAAGUGUGAAGUGGCACAGGCAGAGAACCUGAGACUGGAAUCUCAGAGAAAUGUCCUCAAAACUCAGCUGGAUCAAGUAUCAAAGAACCUCUCUGAAGAAAGAGAAAAGAACCAGGUUGCUGCUGACAAUGCUGGGCACUAUUCAGAACUACUUCGUAAAGUGCACACUCUAGAUGCCCUGGCAGAUAGUAAUCGACUUAUGCGUGAAGAAAAGGAAGGCUUAUUGAGCUCUAAUGCAGAGUAUAAGGCCAAAUAUGAAACUCUUGAAAAGCAGAUUGAACCUUUACAAGAAAAACAGAGGUUAAAUAUUAACAAGAUUGAAGCUUUGUUGCUUGAGAAAAAAUCUCUGGAGAAUGAAAGGGAAAUGUACAGGAAGAGGACGCAGGAGCUUGUGGAGAAGCUAAAUCGUGCCAAACCAGAGGACUUCGUAAAGCUCCAACAAGAGGUAACAGAACAACAGAAAUUACUGCAAAGUAGAGAAUCAGAGAUAAACAGACUGAAAAAUCAGCUGGCACAACUGUCCAAGAACCAGCAAAUGAUAGUGAACCAGAAGAACCAGUACCAGCAACAGUUACAUGGAGUAAGAGAGGAACUGCGUAAGGCUAAUGAAGAAGUCAAGAAGAACUUGAUAGAGAAGAAUAGAUUACAACAGCAGCAUGCAGAAGAGAACAAGAAAACUUUAUCAGAGAAAGCUCGGCUACAACAGCAGCUGCUGCAGUCCCAAGAACGAGUACGAGGGUUGGAGUCAUCGUCACAACAGGCUCAGGCUACUCACCAACAAGAGAUGGGCAAUAUGCUCGAGUUGAAACAGCGGGAAGAAUUACAGAGGCAUCAGUUGGAAAUGACAAAGAAAGAAGCAGAAAACCUUGCUGAAAAGUUGAAGGAUGCUGAAGGGAAACUGGCUGAAGCUGUCAAAAAGGCUGACAACUUUGAGAAGCAGUCGCUGCAACUACGCAAGAUUGCAACCAAAUACAAGAAAGCUGCUGAAGUUGGUGCUCCAGGUGGCAGUGGUGAUGGUACUGAUGGUGAGGCUAGCACUGGCAGUACAGUAGUAGCAAGCUCAGAAAAGAUAAAAGAAUUAGAGGAAACCAUUUCUACUCUGCGUCAGAAACAUGAGAGUACUCAAGAGGAGUGUACCAAGUUGCAGCAAGAGAUUACUACUAUAAAGCAAUCUUUAUCAAGCAAGGAGUUGGAAAAUGGCAUGUUGAAGUCGCAGAGUCAGCAGAAGGAUGGAGAAGUGACUAAGCUCCGUGUUGAGCUUGAGGGCAAGACACGGGAGCUACAGAUUGCACAAAAUUUGGCCACACAACUGAAGCAAAAUGUUUCUAAACAGAUAACAGACAUCACAAAGAGAUUGGAGGAAAGCCAGAGCAAAAAGCAAUUGUAUGAGAAUCGCAUUAACCAGCUUGAAAAGGAGCGUGACCAGCUGGCCCGUGAAGUAGAGUCUCACAACAAGAAGCUACAAAUGCAGCAACGGCAACUGGAGAACCUUCAGAAGCAGGCAGCUGGGGCUUCCAAGCCUUCUACAAGUGGUGUGUCAUCUGAGAAGAGUGGAUUUGAGCCUCCCCCCACAGCAAAUAUUAAACCUAUGAAUGCUCCAGUGGCUCCAUCAGCCUCUCCACGGUCACAAGCAGCCACACAAGUUGUUCCACCAUCCCGAGCCAUCCCGACUGCAAGUAUUCGCCCAAUGGCCCCACCGUCGGGAGGCUCUGCACCGCCUCAGGGAUCAACUGUAAUGGUAGUGUCUCCGUUAGAAACUCACAGUGAUGGCAUGGUGUCUUCUACUGUGACUCUACCUCAGGCCACAGUGACACCGACACCAGCCAUAUCAGCCCCAACAAUUCUCACUACUGCCACCACAACACCUUCAGCCACCACCACGAUGACCACUACCCUCACUGCAACCGUGUCUCCCACACCAGCUUCUGCUUCUCUCACUACCCCAGUGGCAUCAGCUGUAGCUAUUCCCUCCAUUACAGCUUCACAGUCAUCCUCACAGUCCUCGACUGCCACUCAGUCAACUCUUGCAAGUCAGUCAUCUGCAGCUUCCCAGUCUACCACUGUUGUAGUGGAGUCUACCCCUGCUACUCAGUCAACAGCAGCUGCACAGUCAACUCCAACUACAAAAUCAUCUGGUUUGCAGACAGCUACAGCCACUUCCUCAACAGUGGCAUCUCAGUCCACUUUAGCCAAUCAGUCUACACCACAAACAGCUAUAGCCAGUACUUCUGUUGUUGCUCCAAUUGUUUCAGUUGCUACUGGAGCAUCUGGAGCCAUAGCAGUUGCUUCGUCUAAGACACCAACAGCUUCAGCAGCACACAUAAGACAACAAGAAUCACAGGAAGUAUCAGCUGAUGCUUUGGUAUCUCAAGCAAUUGCUCUUGUAAGUCCACUUAGCUCACAGGAAGUAGCUGGUCCUUCAGGCAUUACCUCACAAAAAAGAAAGCUAGAAUCAGCUGAAGCUGUUACUAAUACUAAGGAUGCAAAACGUUCUUGUCUAGAUGAAGAUGCUCUUUUAUCUGCUGAAGAAGCUGGACCAUCAUCAUCUCAUGCAGAACAGGAAAAUGAUGAUGCAAGUCAAACUCCUGAUAAUGAAGAAGAUGUCAUUCUAUUGGAAUCAGAUGAUGAAAAUGAAGAAUAUGCUGAUCAGGGUGAUGAUGAUGAAGAGGAGGAGGAUGAAGAAGAAGAAGAAGAAGAAGAAGAUGAUGAACAAAUGGAUGAUGAGGAUCAAGAUCAUGGCAUUCACACUAUUGAUACAGAUGAUGAUGAAGAUGAUGAGGCAAUGGAACAUGAUGAAACUACCCGAGAGUGCAGUCAAGGUCUUGAUGCAGAGGCUGGUCAGAAUACAAGAGAGGCUGAAGAAGAUUUGGGAAAUGCUGAUGCAGAAGCUGAGGCAGCAUCUCAGGUAUCAGUGGAUGCUGAAGACUCUCGUGGUGAAGCACAAGAGACACCGAGUGAAAGUGAACGACCUCAACCUUCUGCAGGAUUAAGCCAGCCAUCUUCCUCCAGUCGUGGAGACGGUCCUGCUGAGACCAGUCCACGAACACCUCUUGUACUUCCACGACCUAUCGUACGGCAAGAACGACUCGGUUCAGUUGGCCGCCAGACCUUAGCACCCUUCAGUCAACUUCCACAAUAUGAUGAAGGAGGAGAUGACAGUAUAGUGCCAUCAACACCUACACUAUUUGUUCCAAGGCGUGGAGAUGGGUUUUCUGAAGCAGUCAGCUCACCACAGGUUCCUUCAGCUGGAUUUGUGUUUGGAUCAAACACAGAAUUAUCCAAUCCACCACAAACAAGUGGCUUAGCACAAAUGGCUGAGGGUGGCCUUAUUGAUGAUACCCGAAUUGACUUGGGGCAGUUGGACGAAGGCAACAGAUCUCAACCAAGUACCCCUCUCCACCGUUCCCCAACAGCUGAUUUAGGGGCUGAGGGAGGUGUAAGCACUAGUGAAGGAGAUGCAAUGCACCGUGAACCACCCACAGUCAUGGUGACAGAAGCUGAGCAAUCUAAUGAAGAAAACUCAAAAGACUCAGAAGAGAAUUUUACUGAGGCUGACUCCAUGGCUGCAGAAGUUGGAGAAGAUGUAGAAGAUGAAGAGGAUGAUGAUGCUGGAGCUGAAGCUGAUGAUGAUGUGAUUGACUUGGAAGAGGAUGAUGAAGGCGAAGAGGCAGAAGCAAACAGACAAGCAGGUGAAGCGGAGGAGAGAAUUGGCGGUGAUAGCAGUAGUCAACCAGCUCAGGAUGUUUCUAGUGUACCAUCCUCCACACCCAGCUCUUUACCAUCUUCCUCUCAGCAACGAAGAAUUACACCCAUUACUUGGGAUGAAUCUCCUCGGAGAAUUCAUAGGGGUCGUGGUUUGUCAAUGAGUCGUGGAGGAAGAGGGCUUCUGAGAACUCCUGCCAUGGGUGGCCGAGGAUUUAAUCCUUUAAUGCAUGCACCUUUUCUCAUGCGUGGUGGACCACAGCGAGCUAGAAGAUCACGUCCUGGACCUUUCCCACGGGGUUCCCCAAUGUAAAGCUUUUGGAGAUGUUUUAUAAAAUUUAAGUGCAAAUGAAGAUAUAUAUAGUGCUUGAGUGUAUUUUUUAUAAUUUAUUUGCAUAAAAAGCUUCCAUGCUGUAUUUCAUUAAUUUUUUUGUUACAGUUCAAGUGAUAAAAGGAGCUUUUCCUAUUUUCUUAUCUUAAAGAAUGUUAAAGUAAAUAAAUGCAUUGUGACUAAUGCUGUACCGGAUAAAAGCUUAAGUAUAAUAUACAGCAAUACAUGUCUUGUGCGUUUCUAUGAUGUGGACAGAUCACAAAAAGUGUUACAUGUAAGUAUUGUACUGUACUUCAAGAUUCCCCAAAGUGUUAUGAAUGAUAAAUGUGAAUUUAAUUUUUUUUUAAAAGGUCUUUGAAAAAAGCUUGAGUAUACAAUUCUGUUUGCCUUUUCUUUUUCUUUAUUUACCCAUGACUUAAGUCCUUGCUUGUCAAGUUCUUAAUUAAAUAAUACAGUUGCAUAUUUUCUUUUUAAGUUCUUCUUUAUAAGAAAAGUUUAUAAAUAUUUAAUUUUGGGGGAUAUUUUUAAGUAUCUUUACUGUAGCUGCAGUUGACAUGCAAAUUAAUAAAAAGAAAUUGAAA